GAACAAAUAUUUUAGUCUUUAUUUACUUUACAAUAAUUAAAGGUUAGAGGCGUUUCUACAGACCAUCAGUGAUAAGGUCAAGAUGGGAAGGUGUUACUUUUCAUUGUGGCUAGUUCUUACCUGCUUAAUCGGUGACGCGUGGCCACAGUAUAGAGAAAAAAACAUAAGCGGCGCCGAGACAGACGCGGUUCAGGCAAUCCUGGCCAGAUACCUUCAGAGGCGUCUUCAGGGUUCGCAGCUGUCGACACCGCCGCCCCCGGCGGUCCUCUUCAGUAGCAACAACCAGGCCAGAGUGAGACAAGCCACUCAAAGGACGCCGAGUAAUGCAUUGCCGAGGAACGCCAGCGAGAAAGAGAGACGGGACCACGGUGAGGAUUACGAUGAUUACGAGGACGACCUUGAAGGCUUCGAGGACAGCGAGAGGAGCAGGACCAGAUUCGAUCUGUUUGCCGAUGAUUGUCCAAACUGCGUGGACGAGCACAGCAGCACCUUAGCUGCUUCAAGAUGGACGAUGCCACUGCUGAAACUCGGCGAGAAGAGAUACUACCUGGGGAUCUUCUUCAAGGCGAACUGGUACAGGGCGUCCCAAUACUGCCGAUAUCACGGGAUGCAUCUGGCGAGCAUCGCAUCCCAGGAAGAGAACGACAGGCUCGAGAAACAUAUUAAGGACUUCGGUCUCGGACACGAACACUUUUGGACCUCUGGCACGGAUCAGGCCGAGGAGGGUACUUUCUUUUGGAUGGCCAAUGGCAGGCCGAUUACUUUCGAGAAUUGGAACGUCGGGGAGCCGAACAAUUUCAGAUACGAGAACGGCGAAGAGGAGCACUGUCUCGAGUUAUGGAAUAGAGACGGCAAAGGGCUAAAGUGGAACGACAGCCCGUGCAGCUUCGAAACGUUCUUCGUCUGCGAGGUGCAGUGA